AUGUGCCAGUACCUCGCCAACGGCGGCCUCGGCGCGCCCCUGGACAACGCGGACGGCGUGUUCGCCGACGAGGGCUGGUACGCCACCGACCACUUCGGCCUCGACGUCAUCUUCCACGCCCGCGUCCGGCAGUACGACUGCCUCACCGACGACUCCUCCCGCGCCGCCGCCGUCUUCGUGCCGUUCUACGCUGGGUUUGACGUCGUGCGGAACCUGUGGAGCAACAACGCCACGACCAAGGACGCCGCGGCGGUCGAGCUCGUCGACUGGCUGACGCGGCGGCCCGAGUGGCGCGCCAUGGGCGGGCGCGACCACUUCUUCAUGUCCGGGAGGACGGCGUGGGACCACCAGCGGCAGACGGACAGCGACUCGGAGUGGGGCAACAAGCUGCUCCGUUUGCCGGCGGUGUGGAACAUGACGGUGCUGUUCGUGGAGAAGGUGCCGUGGACGGACUUCGACUUCGCCGUGCCGUACCCGACCUACUUCCACCCGGCCAAGGACGCGGACGUCCUCCAGUGGCAGCAGCGGAUGCGAGGCAUGAAGCGGGACUACCUCUUCUCCUUCGCCGGCGGCGAGCGUCCCGGAGACCCGAACUCCAUCCGGCACCACCUCAUCCGGGAGUGCGGCGCCUCCAGCUUCUGCAACCUGGUGCAGUGCCGGAAGAGCGAGAAGAACUGCCUCGUGCCCAGCACCUUCAUGCGCGUCUUCCAAGGGGCGCGCUUCUGCCUGCAGCCGCCGGGCGACACGUACACGCGGCGGUCGGCGUUCGACGCCAUCCUCGCCGGCUGCGUGCCGGUGUUCUUCCACCCGGACUCCGCGUACAGGCAGUACAGGUGGCACCUCCCCGACGACCGCGACUCCUACUCCGUGUUCAUCUCCGAGGAGGAUGUGCGCAGCGGCAACGCCAGCAGCGUGGAGGAGACGCUCCGGCGGAUCCCGCAGGAGGUGGCGGAGCGGCUGACGGAGACGGUGAUCGGGCUGAUACCGCGGCUGGUGUACGCGGACCCGCGGUCGAAGCUGGAGACGCUCAGGGACGCCGUGGAUGUCACCGUGGAGGCGGUCAUCGACAGGGUCAGCAAGCUGAGGAAGGAGAUGGGUCACGGCGAUCUGACGCAAACGGCGACAAAGGUUUCUAGCAAAGUCAUGGCAGAUAAUUAG